CUUCCGCGCCGUCACUGCUGGGUGCUCCGGGCUGCCGACGCGUCGACCUGGAGGCGGCGGAGUGGGCGUGGCUUGAGCCCGGUUCGCCUUCGCGCCCCUCUCAGGGGAGUCGGGGACGGAGACUGCGUGGCACCCGAGGCUCCAACAAAGGCUCUUCUUCAGAGAAUACCCAGAGUGGAUUACAAUGGAGAUGGUGCAACCACUUUUGAACAGUGAUGCAACUUUGGACCUUCAAGAGGAGACCAACAAAGAGGAAGGGCUAGGAGGAGAAACAGAAGAUUCUGAAGAAGCUCAGCUUCUAUGUACUGCAGGUGAUCCAAAGAUGGAAGCCCUGGAUAGCAGAAAAGAGAGAAUUCCUAGAGACCCAGAGAGCUGCGAUAUCCCUUUUUAUGUGUCUGAAUUUGUGGAAAGGGAGGUUGGAACAGACUACGAGUCAUUAAGCAAGCUUGGCAGACUUAUUGAACAGCUGUCAGAAAAUAAAGCAAAGCUAGAAGAACAGGUGCUUACAGUUUCGUCUGAAGUUCCUAAAAGAAUUCAGAAGGCCUUACAGAAUGCAGAAGACUCUAAAAAGUCUCUCAACCAGCUUCUAGAGAAGGAAAGCCUGUUGUACGGUUCAAUUAAUAAUCACUUGAUGACAUCCAAGCCAUGGAUGGAGGAUCUCGGUGUACUGAUAAGUCAGAUAAAAGAAGUUGAAAGGCACCUGGCUUAUUUAAAAUGGAUUUCACAAAUAGAGGAGUUAAGCGACAACAUUCAGCAAUAUCUCAUGACUAACAAUGUGCCAGAGGCUGCUACAACUCUAGCAGCCAUGGCUGAAGUUGAUAUCAAGCUUCAGGAGUCGUCUUGUUCUCAUCUUCUUACUUUUGUAAGAUCCACUGUUCAAUUCUGGCACAAGAUCCUGAAGGAUAAAUUGUCAAGUGAUUUUGAGGAGACUUUAAAUCAUCUUCAUUGGCCAUUUGUUGGACCAACACAAUCCCAGCCAUUCGGUUUGGCUACAGCGCCAGCCAACACCCAAGAGAUAUACACGAACUUUGAGACACUCUUUUCUCAGCUUCUGAAACUACAAACUUCAGACGAACUAUUAACCAAACCAAAACAGCUUCCAGAAAAAUACAUUCUUCCUCCAUCUCCACCUAUCAUACUACCUAUGCAGAUCAUGCUGGCUCCUCUUCAGAAAAGAUUCAAGUAUCAUUUCACAGGAAACAGACAAACAAAUAUGCUGAGCAAGCCUGAAUGGUACCUAACCCAAGUACUCAUGUGGAUAGGAAAUCAUGCUAAGUUUCUUGAAGACAAAAUCCAACCAGCGUUGGACAAGGCAGGUGUAUCGGUGAAUGCAAAGCUGGAAUUUUCCCGAGCUUUGGUGAUGCUGAUACUUGAGAAGCUGGCUGCUGAUAUCCCUUGCUUGUUGUAUGACGACAACCUCUUUUGUCACCUGGUGGACGAGGUGCUUCUGUUUGAGAGAGAGCUGCACAGCGUCCAUGGGUAUCUCAGCAGCCUCCCCAGCUGCAUGCACAUUCUAUCAGAAGAAACCUGUUUUCAAAGAUGGUUAACUGUGGAGAGAAAAUUUGCUCUUCAAAAGAUGGACUCGAUGCUUUCAUCUGAAGCUGCCUGGAUAUCACAGUAUAAAGACAUUACAGAUGUAGAUGAAAUGAAAGUCCCAGACUGUGCUGAAACUUUUAUGACUCUGCUACUGGUUAUCACAGAUAGGUAUAAACACCUUCCUGCAGCUGCUCGAAAGCUGCAGUUCCUAGAGUUGCAGAAGGAGUUGGUGGACGACUUCAGGAUACGGCUAACUCAAGUUAUGAAGGAAGAGACCAGAGUGCCUUUAGCCUUUCGCUACUGCGCCAUCCUCAAUGCUGUGAACUACAUAGCAACAGUCCUGGCAGAUUGGGCGGACAACGUUUUCUUUUUGCAGCUUCAGCAGGCGGCACUGGAAGUUUGUGCUGAUAGCAAUGCACUCAAUAAGCUGCAGCUAGGACAACUGGCUUCUAUGGAAAGCUCCGUAUUUGACGACAUGAUCAACCUCCUGGAGCGACUAAAGCAUGACAUGCUGACUCGUCAGGUGGACCAUGUCUUCAGAGAGAUCAAGGAUGCUGCCAGGAUGUACAAAAAGGAAAGGUGGCUGUCUUUGCCCUCCCAGUCAGAACAGGCCGUGAUGUCUUUGUCAGCCACUGCCUGCCCACUGCUAAUGACCUUGAGAGACCAGCUCCUACAACUAGAGCAGCAGCUUUGCUACUCGUUGUUCAAAAUCUUCUGGCAACUGCUUGCAGAGAAGGUGGACUUGUUUAUCUAUCAGGAAAUAAUUCUGGCCAAUCACUUUAAUGAAGGAGGAGCAGCGCAGCUGCAGUUCGACAUGACCAGGAAUCUUUUCCCUUUGUUCUCACAUUACUGCAAGCGGCCAGAGAAUUAUUUCAAACACAUAAAGGAGGCCUGUAUUGUGCUGAAUUUAAAUGUUGGCUCAGCCCUACUUUUAAAGGAUGUGCUUCACUCAGCCACUGAAAACAGAACUGAAACCGUCCUCAAUUCAAGUCAGCCCACAGCAAUGGCGGCAUUAAAUGAACUUGGAAUUUACAAGUUAGCUCAGCAAGAUGUCGAGAUUCUUCUUAAUUUGAGAGCAAACUGGCCUAACACUGGGAAAUAAGCAAAUAGAAUGAAGAGAGAUUAAUCACCGUUGCACUCUGUGAAAAACAAAGCCAACUUUAUCAAUGCUCCUACUUUUCUCUGUGCUAAACUAACUUUUUCAGUGAAGAUGAAAGAGCUGUAUACAUGCCACAGUUUCGUGUUGGGUACAGAUCAGCAAGUAUUAUAAUUGAACAAUAUGUUCAGCUGGAAUAUAUUCUUGUCUAACACCAGUGUGACAAAUACAGUUUUCUCAGCUGACUUUCUGUGGUAAUCAAGUAAAGUUAUUUUCAUUACAGGGCAUAUUCUAAUACAUCCCCUGUACACAAGCAACAAAGCCCUUACAGGAACAGAUUGUCUCUUAAUCUCAAGGUUGUGGAUUGGAACCCUACAUAGGGCAAAAGAUUAAUGCACUGCAGAGGGUUGGACUAGAUCCUUGUGCUCCCUUCAAACUCUACAAUUCUAUGAUUCUAUUCUAGGAUCCUUCUAGGAGUUGGUGGGAACUGCAUUUUAUGAGCUAACCUGAGCUGUUUCCCCUUGCUGGCUGGUCAGUCACACAGAAUCCUGUAAGUUUGGCUGGAUUGUUGCUAGGGUUUCCCAACAACUCUUUGCAAGGGCUCUGAGCUGUUAACACCAGACAUAUUCCAGUGGUCCGCUAUCAACACUAGGGGCUUACAGUGGUUUGCAGCAUUUUCUGUGAUUUCUGUGCCUUUGUCUGGAAGUCUAGAGCACUCUGAAACAGCUGCGGCCCUAAUCAAACUGAAGAUCAGCCAGAGAGAAUUUGAGAACUGGUUUGUCUUUUUGCUUUCCUGGGCUGUUGUUCCUGUCGACAUCCCCUGUUGCUGAGGACUGAGAUUUUGCAUUUUCCCUGAAAUGAAGAGCAAGUAGACAACUGUUUAAUUAUUUGUUUGUUGAAAAAUUGGUCUGGGGGGUUGCUACAGGCCUGGGUCGGAAAGCAAAGAGUGGAGAAAUAAAAAGGAGUGGUGUCAAGAUAUAGGUGGGCCAGCUAAAGACCAUGGCAGAUCAUGAAUAGCAGCACCCAGUGCAGUAUUGAUAAUUAUCUGGUGAAGAUUGGGAGUCAGUGUCCAAGUUGGUCUGAGAGGGUGCCUUGUGUAAAAGGUUGCACAGGUAAGUUUUUAAAGGUGGCUAAACUCUGCAGUCAGAAGUACAGCCAUAGGAGCUUUGGGGUGCAGAGACAGUUUAGUUUGUUUCAUUUCAUAAAGUUAAUACACUGAUUUGAAAAACACAAGGCUCACCCAAACCUCAAAGCGAUUUACAAAAGAGGAUCUGCCACAAUAGCUGAACUGGGUUGUGAGAAUAAUUGGCUGGCAUGGAAAUGGGGGGGGGGAUUUGGCCUGUGGUAAAAGUCUCUUAGAGGCUGGCUCUUGAAUCUUCGGAAAGACUGCAGCAUGUAAAUAUUAGUAUUUCCUUGGGUACAAAGGUGGUCUUUAAUAAAACAAUGAUAAUAGUUUAAAGCAGGCAAAUCCCAAGGUCUGUUUCGGGGAACUAAUCCAGUCUGUUUAAUCCGGCCCCUGUGGCAGUUUAUUUGCUGGGAUGCAAUCCUAAGAAAACCUCAACAACUUUGGUUGUUCCUUUGGUCGGCCCUCAGGUCCCUUCACUUGAUCAAAUCUGGCCCUCUUUGAAAAAAGUUUGGACACCACGGGUUUAAAGGAUGGAAAUUACAGCACUUGGCUAAGAACAAGGUAUAUAUAGCUUUUGCUUUCCUGGGGUUACUGUUUUCUUGAGUCUGUGCGAUGGCAGGAGGAACUUUGUGUGUGUUCCCUUUUUCAAAAUGGAACAGGUCCUAACAUUAAGGAUAUAGACUAGAGCACCACUCUUGACUAAGGUGUCUCUGAGUCUACCACGAAGAGACCAAUACACUUGAUCAGUGACUGUACCACCUACUCCUGAGCUUGAAUUUCUCCAUCUUGGGGCCAGAACCAUUUGAACAAGCUAUGAAUUGUGGACUCACCAUACCCCAACCCGUCUAGCCCAGCAGCAGCCACCAUCUCUUAAGUAGAAAGGGGUGGGGAUGAAAAUCCCCACAGAAACAUACUUCUUCAUGUGGGUUGGACCUUGCCGGAUCAAUGGUGACGUUUUAAAGUGAACCCCAAUCCAAAGUGAUUGUAUUGUAUUUACAACAGUGACAAAAUUAGGUAACAGAAGCCCUGGGUGAUGCUGCAUGAAGCAAGAGAGAAAAACGUUUCCCAAAGGUAACUUUCCUUCAAAAGCUAAUAAAAACGCUUCACCUAUUUCUUACAAACAUAUAAAUUAUUUUAUUUACAAAGCCAUGUUACAAAUAAUAAUAAUAAUAAUAAUAAUAAUAAUAAUAAUAAAGCAAAAACAAAAUGAAACCUCAAAACAAAAGAAAUACAAUCGCUCACUAGAGAAUAUUCUCCAGGCCUGGUGUUGAACUGUGGCAGUAUCAGUCAGAUACAUGUUUGUUCUUUUUUCAAAACUGUAAGCUAUAAAGUUUUAUUAUUUACACCUUACUUCCAACACAAUUUUCACAAGCAUGGAAUGGGCUCUUUCUGAUACUGAUAUACAUAAAAGGUGCAGAACAAAGAAUGAAAAUACUUAGUGUUACAAAAUAUGGGUUCGUAGAAAAGAAACGGACUGUACACAUAUGGCAUUUUCUUUUAGAAUGAUUGGACAUGCUUUCUUCAAAAGUCUUCUGGAAAAAGAUUCUAAAAUCUGUAGUAGGAAAGCACAAUACAGGAGGUGCAAAGUCAUUUCUGUGCAACAGUUAAUAUUCCCCAUGACUGACCAGCUAUGCAAAACCCACAGAGUUUUGUUAAAGUGCCAUGGGCCAACAGCAUAACAAAAUAUAAGGUGUAAAUAGAAAAUUUCUUUUUUUUUCUUUCAAACAAUAGUUCACUGAGAAUCAGCAGUAAUAGAAUAUGCUGUAUAAACUAUUCUCUACAAAGGUUGAUCAGCACUAUGUACAAUUGUUAACAUUGAUACAAAAGAAGGCAUACAAGUUAUCCAAGUCGCUUUUGUUUUUUUAAUAUGGCUGAAGGGCCUAUGCAUUGCAAUAUGUGUAACAACCAAAGCUUCUGAGCCUCUAUUGCUGGAAACGAAUCACAAAGUCUUCAGGCAAAGGUGGGACGAAGGAGAAGGAAAAGCAACUGUUGAAUGAACGCUACACUAAUAAUACAUUAUAGGCUGGUCCAGUUCAAAUCCUUAAAAAAAAAAACCCACACACCUGCAUUUCACUUUUCAGGCUGGACAUUUUAGCACAUAUAAAAUCAAUUGGUGAUUUUUUUUAAAAAAAAUGCAGGGGAUAAAAAAAGUAUGAGGUUUUUACUUGGUUUCCAAAAUGCUUUCAGACCGAUGCCACUGAAAAUAAAAGGAUACAUACAUAAGCAGCAAAGUAACAUUCCCCAGUCCAGCUUCUUACAUAACAGAUGCAUGUUAAGAGCUAAGGAAUUCUUAACACAAUUGAAUUGUUCCUUCGGUCACUGAGUGGCAUUAAUUCUCAGAAGCAGCCACUGAAUCUCACCAGAAUUAGAAAACAGCAGUUCACUUAUCAGAUGGUGUUUUCUUACUGAGAUUUAAAAACUCCUGCAGUUAUACAACACAAAAUAAAUUAGUUUUUUUUAAUAAAAAAAAGUCAACAAGGCUCUGUUCCUACAACUGAAGACAAAAAUUGUGCAAAAAUAACAAAGAUAUGUACACUUUUUUUCAGUCUGAAGAAAUGUACAAUAAAACCGUAACUCAAAAGUACAUGAAAAAUAUAAGCAUUGCUUAAAACUUUCCUAAGUUUCAUAAAGUUCAUGAAACUAUUCCUGUCACUUCCCAAAUAUAGCAAAACAUAAAUUACAAAAUUAACACUAUAAAAUUUUACUUUUAAGAAUAUCUUCUAAUUUCCCCCCAAAGGGCCUAGCCAUUACAAUUGUUAAACAUUGUAUAAGCUUUAAAAAAUUCCUUAAGUCUUUCCUCCCCCCAAAAGUAAGCUGCUUCCUACCCCCUUGAGAUGUAAUAAACCAGCAUUUAAGUGCACUUUUAACACUGUAGAAAUAAAAAUUAACUGCUCUGUAGUAGUUUUGCCGUACCCCAGUAUUAUUAAGUUCCUGAUUUCAAAAUCUACCUUUAUUUUUUUUU